AUGUCAGCGUUAGACUCAAAUAGUGAAUUAACUGAACUGGGACGUAUUAUUGCACGUCUACCGAUUGAUCCCAUCGUCGGCAAAACUCUCAUUCUAGCAACUGCAUUUGGUGUUGGUGAUACGAUGUCAACGUUAGCAGCAGCGACCUCAUUCAACACACCGUUCGUAUCUCGUGACAGAAUGUCGUCGAAGUUAACACGUCAACAGCGGUCGUUUUCUGGGAAUCGAUUCUCGGAUCAUGUCGCUUUGAUAUGUUUAUUCAAUCAAUGGAAAACUGUUGUUUCAAGAGGUCCGAAUGUUGAACGCAAUUUCAUCGAUCGAUUCUCAGUUAAUAGUGCUGUUCUCAAUAUGACUGCGGAUGCGAAACGACAAUUGAUUGAAGUAUUGAUGGGGUCGGGAUUUGCAGAGUCGUUGUUUUCACCAGUUUAUGUUUCAAAUAGUGAACCGGAUCCCGAUCUUGAUUUGAUAAUAUCCCUUCUUGUUUACGGUUUGUUUUCAGAUUUUUUUUGCGUCACAUUUGCAAUUUAUUCACUGAAACAACUAACGCAUUCGUGGGUCAUAACCAUCGGUGAACGUUUAUUCUUAAAUGCGCCUGGAGGAUUUAAAUAA